UCCAUAGCAUUAUUUCUUCCUCAAUUUUCUGACCAUUACUUUACAUUUCACGAAUAACUAUAUCAUUGUUCUUCUUUUAUUUCAUUCAUAUUGAUUAAUUUUCUACAAAUUUGUGCCAUAUACAUGGCCAAGAGAAAGAGCAAUAAUACUGCAACUAUGCUGACUCUGGAAAAAGAAACGUCCGCCGGCCGGCAGAAGCUCCGAUCCUUCCUUCAAUCCGAUCCCGCUCUCUUAAGAGACGACCACCGUGAAGAAAACGGGGAUACUUCACCGCUCUACAGUACCGCUGUCACUAACAGUCCUAUAACCGCCAGCACUCCCUCCUCCCCAUGGAGCGAACUUGCCGCCGCGUCUCCUUAUGCCAACUCCCCGUGGCUCCUUCGGCCUUCACCUUGCGCCGUCGAGAGCUCCGGCCUCAUCGCCACGCUGGUCCGGCAGGACGGACACGUGUACUCGCUUGCGGCCUCGGGUCAUCUCUUAUAUACGGGUUCGGAAAGUAAGAAUAUCCGGGUCUGGAACAACUACGGGUUUGAGGAGCAUUCCGGGUUCAAGUCGAAAAGCGGGUUUGUGAAGGCCAUUGUUGUGUGGAGAGGGAAGGUUUUCACGGGUCAUCAGGACGGUAAAAUUCGGGUCUGGAAAGUGUCUGGGGGAGAGAAGAGAACUUACACGCGGAUAGGUAGUUUACCGACUCUUACCGAUUAUCUGAAGAGUGCUAUUAACCCGAAGGCUUACGUGGCGGUCAGAAGACACAGAAAGGUUCCACGUGUCAAACAUUACGACGCCGUUUCAUGCAUGAGCGUAGAUAUGAGUCAAGGCUUACUCUAUUCCGGUUCUUGGGAUAAAACGGUAAAGGUUUGGAGAUUAAACGACUGGAAAUGCAUUGAAUCCAUCCAGGCACACGAUGACGCCGUCAACUCCGUCACCGUUGGUUUUGACGGCUUUUUUUUCAGCGGCUCCGCCGACGGGACGGUGAAAGCGUGGAGGAGGGAACUGGUGGGGAGAAUCACGAGGCACGUGGUGGUGGACACGCUUUUGAGUCAAGAAAGUGCGGUGACGUCGCUGGCUGUGAGCCCGGAGACGGCGGUGUACGCCGGAUCCUCCGACGGGCUCGUGAACUUCUGGGACCGAGAUAUGCACUUUGUGGCGUACGGCGGCGCUCUUAGGGGCCACAAACUCGCAGUGCUCUGCCUGGCAGUCGCCGGGAACCUGGUGCUGAGCGGCUCGGCGGACAAGAGCAUAUGCGUGUGGAGGAGAGAGCUCGAAGGCGGCGGCGGGGUCCAUAGUUGUGUCACCGUGCUGACGGGACACACUGGGCCGGUCAAGUGCUUGGCCGCCGUCGAGGAAGAUGGUCGGCGGUGGAAAGCGUACAGUGGGAGUUUAGAUAAGUCGGUGAAAGUCUGGGUUCUGCCGGAGCUUUGACUAGCGGCGGAGGAGGGAGAUGAAACUAUGCAAGUCAACGGAAAACGCAGCCAAUGCUCCGCCGGUGUAACAGACAUGCAACUUAAAACCUGCCAACGAAGGUAUAGGGUGGCUUGACAGGACGAAGAAAAGCAACGUGUUGGUUGUAUAGCAUUGCCAAACUAGUUAACGCGGAAGUUAGCAGGAAAUCAGUCAAGUAUUAUCGUACGCUGAAAACCGAAGAACUAUUAAGCUGAAUUGAGAAAGUACGAAGUAUUUGAUUAUCAUACCUAAUUUACUCCAUCAUUGUAUAGAGGCGCGUGAGAAGAUCUUAGUAUCGGCUGUGGUGGUUGAAUCCCAGAAUAAUUUAUUUAUUUAUUCAAAAAAAUUCAUUUUUCA